CACUCUCGCACCGGAUGAGAAUCCGCAGAACAUGUCGAACUUUAGGAAGUGGGUCAUGGUUGUUGUGAUUAGCUCGGCUUCGCUGUGUGCGACUUGUGCAUCGUCUAUUGCUUCAUUUACUGAGGCUGGCGAAGUGGACGCAUUCCGUGUUUCGAAGGAGGUUACUAUUCUCGGCAUCAGCAUGUACAUGGUCGGCCUUGGGACUGGUCCUCUUCUCGUCGGCCCUCUGUCCGAAGUAUAUGGUCGUAACAUUGUAUACCGCCUGUCCUACAUCUUCUUCUUCGCAUUUACCUUCCCCGUCGCAUUUGCGCCAAACAUAGCAACGUUCCUUGUCUUCAGAGUCUUAACAGGUUUCGCGAGCUCAGCGUUCCUGAGCGUCGCCGGCGGAAGUGUCAGCGACAUGUUCUCAAACUAUAACGUUGCAAACCCGAUGGCAUUCUACACGAUGUCGCCGUUCAUCGGGCCAGUGGUUGGGCCAAUGUACUCCGGCCUCAUCAACCAGCACCUGGACUGGCGAUGGACGUACCGUAUCCAGAUCAUCUGGAUCUUUAUCGAGCUCGUGAUGUUGUUUGUGUUCGUUCGCGAGACAUAUGUGCCUGUCUUGCUUAAGGGUAAGGCGGCCAGGAUGCGGAAGGAGACUGGCGACGGGAGGUUUUACGCACCUCUGGAUAGACGGGACGGAAGCUUAGUUGGAGCGAUUUUUGUGAGCUGUUACAAGCCAUUUGAGCUGAUGAUUUACGAACGGAUGGCCCUUCUACUCAACAUUUGGACCGCGCUUCUUCUCGGAAUUCUCUAUUUAACCCUGCAGGCCUUCCCGUUUAUCUUCGAGAAGAACCACGGGUUCAACAUGCAGUCAACUGGCCUGAGCUUCGCCGGUAUCGGCCUUGGCAUGAUCCUUGCAUUCCUAGCACAGCUCGUAUACAACAAGGUAUCUGCGCCCAAGACAGCAGCCAAAUAUGGCGGAAACCCUCCGCCCGAGGUGAGGUUGAUUAUCGGUAUGGCUGGCGCUGUCUUGUGUCCUAUCAGUCUCUUCUGGCUCGCCUUCACUACCUACCGCUCCGUCCACUGGAUCGUACCUAUCAUCGCCUCCAUCCUGCUUGGCACGGGGUCCCUGUUUGUCUUCACCUCCGUUUUCACAUACCUCGUCACCGCAUAUCGUCCGCUCGCGGCCUCCGCUCUCGCGAGUAACAGCGCCCUCCGGUCUGCGUUCGCGGCGGCUUUCCCGCUAUUUGCUGGUGCGAUGUAUAACAAGCUGGGCACGGUGGGCGCGACAGCGCUGUUGGCGGGGUUGACUACGAUUAUGGCGCCGCUUCCGUUUGUGUUCUUCAGGAUUGGCACACGCCUGCGCCAGAACUCGAGGUUCGCCGCGUCAUAAACGAAAGGCUGUGUCACUUCCUUUGAGAUGCCCCCAUCAGCCAAAGGUCGUCGUGCCGAGCACAUUUACUGCCAUUGAACCCCGCUCACGUUCGCUAUAUAUUCAUUUCGGGCACACCAUCUGUGGCGGUCUUGGAAGUGAACAGCGCUCACUAUGUCCGACUUUGCAUAUUGGUCACCAAUUCAGCUCAUCCCCAUCACUGUUCGAUCCUAACCUCUUUACACAACUGCCACAGGAUGGACUCAAGAUCAUAGACUAUCGCGCAUAUGUAUCGUUAGC